UGCUGCAGGAGUAUUUAAAAGAAGAACCUUAUACAACUACCGAAAUAGAGAAAAUCCUUGGGGAAAGUCUACCAUCUAUCUUCUCAACUUCUCCAUCUUCUUUGAAUGUGCUGAAUGCUGCUAAGCACUUCAAGUUAUAUCAGAGAGCCUCCCAUGUCUACUCUGAAGCCAAGCGGGUACAUGCUUUCAAGGAGGCUGUAUCAUCAAAUUUAAGUGAUGAGGAUAAGCUAAAGAACCUUGGCGAUCUUAUGAAUGGGAGCCACUAUAGCUGCAGUGUGUUAUAUGAGUGCAGCUGUCCGGAGUUGGAAGAACUCGUAAAUAUUUGUCGGGAGAAUGGGGCUCUUGGGGCAAGGCUUACAGGGGCUGGAUGGGGUGGCUGUGCUGUUGCUUUGGUAAAGGAUAGUAUUGUCCCAGAGUUUAUCCUUAACUUAAAGGAACGGUUCUACCAGUCGCGGAUCGACAGAGGUGUCAUAAACAAUAAUGAUCUCGGCCUAUAUAUUUUCGCUUCCAAGCCCUCGAGUGGAGCUGCUAUUUUCAAGCUUUAGCAUAUGUCAACUUGUGCAGUGCUUUGUGAUUUCGGCUUCAAACUAUAUAGUACUCUGUCUUAACUAAAUGUAUGUCGAUAUAAACCAUAUGAAUCUCUACUUUAAUUUAAUAAAACCUGGUGCGUUCCAUUCAGA